AUGUUUAUUAUAUUAUUGAUUACGCACAUUCUUAUUGAUGUAGCUUAUUCAGGAACGAUAUCUCCUGCUAUUUUUAAGGCUUACUUGACAACAGACACUUCAUUUUUAAAUGAAAUAACAUCACUUAAAUUGAAUACAUAUUAUCUAAUCAGAUUUGAAUUUGAUUUACCAACUACUCUUAAUCCAAGCACUGAUUUCAUGAGAAUAGAAGUAACUGGAUUUAAAUCUAUGGCAUUUUAUUUUGCGACAUACCAAUUUACAAAUCCCUCUGCUAAUGGCAAUUUGUACCUUGAGCUCAAGGCUGAUACUUCCACUAAAAUUCUAACACCACUUAUAGUAUUUUAUGCCACUACAGGUGCAUCGACUAAGCCUCAUACUUGUUAUGCCUUCAGUUAUAGAACCAGUGUAACUUCAUCCCUUGAUGAUAGCCCAAUUAAGACAUUUACAAUCACAGGAGGAGCAAUAACGUUUAGUAGCUCUAUUAGUGUACCAAAUAAGAUUUUUGGAUAAAAAUCUAUGUAUAGUAUAAACCUUUCCUUUGAAAACUCAUUAUCAGAAGGAACAAAAUUACUAACCUUUCCAAGACCAUCAAAUUUACAAUCUGAUGCAACUAUAACAUGUACAGGAACACCAUCAACUACAAUUGCCUGCACUUAUGACUCUGUAUCAAACCUGAUAUCAAUAGUUAACUUGGAUUCAACUAAGACAUAAACAAUAUCUAUAGAAUUUACAAAUCCUCCGUCUCCAACUUCUAGUAUUACUUUUAAUAAUUUUAUUACUUAUAUUGAUAGUGUUUAAGUUGAUUCAAGCAGUACAUCUUCAUAAGUAACAGGAUACAAUGAUGGAUUACUUACAACCUUAACAGUUGAAAGUGGAUCAUAUAAAGUAGGUUAAAGUGGUGCUUCUAUAAGAUAUAAAUUUACAAGUUUAAAUGAUAUUUAAAUUGGUUCAACAAUUGAAUUAAUAUUACCAAGUGAUAUUCAAUGGAUUACAUCAUCUCCAUCUUGUUCUAUAAAUUAUGUAAGUGUAACAGCAUGCUCUUAUGUUGUGGUUACAACUUAAAGUAUUACAGUAACUAUAACUGCAUCUGCAUCAAUACCAGGAGGAACAUCAUUAAUUUUAACGGUUAAUUCAAUAAGAACUCCAUAUACAUUUAGUCCUGUCACUGGAUUUUCAUUAUAGAUUAAGAGAGGUAUUGUUGAAUAUGAUAAAAAUUUAAAUUUUGGAAGUUUAACAAUGACAGAAUAAAGUGGAAUUACUUUAACAUAUUUUGGAAGAACAGAAGGUAAAAAUGGCGCUUAAUCCACUUAUACAAUUUCAACUAAAUUUGACACAAUACAACCUAUUGGGACUAAAAUAACUUUUACACUUUAAGGAUAUAUUUUAAGCAAUGUAGAUAAAAUUGAUUUUACAGGUUUUCCUUCAUUUACUUCUACAAAUUUAUAAGUGACUAGUUCUGCAUAUACAAUUAGUAUAUAAUUUAGUACAGCUUUGAAUAGUAAUUAAAAUUAUGAUGCCAUAAUAUAUAACAUAGUAAAUAAAGAUAGUGCUGGUACAAUUACAGCUGAAACCACUAAUAAUAAUUUUAAGAUUUCAAGUACAGAUAAAGGUACAGCUGGUACAUUACCAAGUUCUGUUCCAAAUAUUAUAAUUGCUGAAAAGAUAGUUUAAGAAAAAUAAUUAUUAGGAGUUGUAGAUAAUUAUUAAUUUAGAAUUACAUUAUCUAAUCAACUUACUGCUGGAUCUUCAAUUAUUGUGAUAAUGCCUGAUAACUUCUCCGUUGAAUAAACAGAUUGUAAAGCAGCAGUAGAUAAUAUUGAAGGAUUUACUGUAGAUACUUGUUCAGUUAAUAGUAAAGAGAUUACAAUAAAGAUAAAUACAAAUUAAGUUAAAACAAUAUAAUUUAGAUUUAAUAAUCUGAUAAGAAACCCAAAGAGUUAUUCAUCUACUUAUUAAUUUAAAAUAAGAACAUAAAAAGAUACUAAUAUUAUUGAUGAAUCGUAAAGUUCAGAUGGUCCUAAUUUAUCAUUUUAAUUAAAGUGUAUUCCUAAUUCAUCAUAAUUUUGUAAGGAAUGUGAUGUUUCAAAUAAUUGUUAAUCUUGUUAUACUGAUACAUCAAUAACUCAAAAUAUUUACUUAUUUGAUAAUAAAUGCUUAAGUACUUGUGGAUCAUUAUAUUAUAGUGAUUCUAGUAAUAAAUGUUAAAAGUGUCCAAAUUAUUGUUAAGAAUGUACAAGUAAUACAUUAUGUUAAAGUUGUAUUGAUGAUACAAUAUAAGAAAUUAAGAAUGGAAAGUGUGUAUUAAAAUGUACUGAAAAGUAAUUUGAUUUCAAUGGUAAAUGCACAGAUUGUAAUGAUAAUUGUAAUACUUGUAUUGAUUAAAGUACUAAAUGUACAUCUUGUGGGGAAACAAAUAAUUUACUAUAUUAAAAUAAGUGUGUUUCUUAAUGUCCAACAGGAAUAUUUUAGAUUGGAUUUUCUUGUAUUGCAUGUACAUCACCUUGUAAAACAUGUGAUACUGGUCCAACUGUGUGUUUGACUUGUGUUGCUAAUUAUUAUUAUAAAAAACCAUCAUUAAGUUGUGUUACUGAUUGUGGAAAUAGAUAUUAUAAAGAUGGAAGUGAAUGUACUUAAUGUUCUGAUCCAUGUAAUAAUUGUUUAAGUAAUACUAUUUGUAUUGAUUGUCUCACUGGAUAUUACUUUUUUAAUAAUAGUUGUGUAUCAACUAUACCAAAUGGUUAUUAUAAAUCAGGUACAUCUUUAAGUAAAUGUCCUGAUAUAUGUGGAAAUUGUAUUUCAGAAACUGAAUGUACUUCAUGUCCAACAAAUAAAUAUUUAUUAUCCAAAUAAUGUAUAGAUAAAUGUCCUGAAAAAUAUUAUUCAUAAAGUUUUGUAUGUUAUUCUUGUGAUGUAUCUUGCUUAUAAUGUUCAUCAAAUACUGUAUGUACAUAAUGUCCAGAAAAUUAAUAACAUUUAACAGGUAAAUGUUAUUAAAAUUGUCCUAAUAAAUAUUAUUCCUAAGAUUAUUAAUGUUUAUCAUGUCAAUCAUCUUGUGCUACUUGUGUAAAUGGUUUAGAAUGUAAAACAUGUCCAAUUAGUGCACCAUAUAUGUUAAAUAACUUAUGUGUUUAAUCUUGUUUAACUAACUAUUACAUAAAGUCAUUUGUUUGUAUUAAAUGUUCUAAUGAAUGUGCUACUUGUGAUGAAAAAGGAUGUCUAACUUGCAUAUAAAAUUAUAAAUUUCUAGAUUAAACAUGUUUAACUUCAUGUCCAACAGGAUAUUAAGAUGUAUUUUAAUAUAUAUAUAUAAUUAGCUAAACAAUAUUGAAAUAUGUGAGAAAGUUACAGAAACAGAAUAGUAAGUGAUUUCAAAUUUAUAAGAAAACAAAUAUAUACCCAUACCAUUUACUAUAGUAUCUUUUAUUAUGAUAUUAAGUGUUGUUGUAGCUAAAAUAUAAAAAACUGAAGUAUUAUAUAUAUAUAAUUAAUAGACUUUCAUUCCAGGAUCAGCUGUUGGUUUAUUAGGUUUAAUAAUUAUAGGAUCAUGGGCAGUAUUACUUCUUUUAUAAUUGGAUUAUCUUUUAGAGAAAUUGGAAACUUAUUUAUUAAUGGCUGCAAUUGGAGUUCAUGUAAUAUUAAAUCUCAUUAAUUUAUGUGUUAUUAAACAUUGUACUAAAGGUGAUACUGCUUUUAAUUUAUGGUAUACAGCAAGGAAAUCUAAUUCAUGUGCUUACAUCUUUUUAAAUUUAUUAUCAAUUCUUAGUUUCUCUAUGACAAGAUUUUACUUUUCUAGAUACUUUGGAUUUAGAUUCUUAAAAUGUAAAUUAUCAGAUGUUGAAAAUAUGGUUGGAAUGAAUAUUAUCAAUGGACUUUGUGCAUUUGUAUCAUUAAUUUAUCUAUUUAUUAUAGUUUUGUUGUAUACCUGCUUUAAUAGCCAGUGUCUUACUUGCAUAUAGAGAUUAAUUAAGAGAAUAAUUAUUCAUUAGUAGUAUUGAUUCAUUUAUAGUAACCAUUAUUUUUGGUAUUUGUUUAAUAUGGGAAACAUAAAAAGAAGAGAACUUUUUUGAAGAUAUCAAUUAUGCAUCUGUCUCUUAAUCACAUUAAGUUAUUCCAGAGUUUUUUUAAACUUAGCGAUCAAAGUAAUCUAAAAGAUUUUCUUUUGAAGAUUCUAUGAAUGGUUAAAAAUUUAAUUAACAUGAAUAAGAUGAAGAACCAUCUUUCCCUAAAAUUGAUGAAUCUAUUGAAUAUAAAGAUCCUAAUUAUAGUUAAUAGCCUUUUUAGAAGAUGUUACAAAAGAAUUCUCAAUUCACUUUCAAAUAAGAAAUGCUUGAUCCAAAAUAAGACAAUUCUAAUAGAUUCCAGGAGGAAGUAAUCUUAUAAAUACCUAAUAAUGAUGUUUCUGAACCAUUAUCAAUUGGAGAAUCAUAAAGAGAUUAAUAAGAUAUGUAAGAAUAGAAAUACACACUCGAAUAAUAAUAAUAAUAAUAAUAGAAAAUUUUAGAAGAAUAAUAAAGAAUUGAAUAUGAAAAAUAAUAAGAAUAAUUAAGAUAAUUAGAAUAAUAGAAUAAAAUAGAAGAAUAAAAGAAAAAAGAAAUACAGAAAUAAAAUGAAGAACAAUAAAGAUAAGAAGAGAUUAAGAAGUAGGAAUUAGAUAGAUAAGCAGAACUUAAAAGAAUAGAAGAUAAAAAGAAAUAAGAAGAAGAAAAAUAAAAAUAAGAAUAAAUUAAAUAAUAAGAACAAGAAAGAAUUAGAAAAUAAAAAGAAUAAUAAAUAUUGGAAGAAUAAAAAAAAUAAUAAGAAUUAUUAAUUUAAUAAUAAUAAGAAGCAUAAAGAAUAGCAAAAUAAAAAGAAGAAGAAAAAUUAGCAUUAGAGAAAGAACAAGCAUAAAAAUUAGAAAAAUAAAAAGAAGAAGAAAGAUUAAUAUUUGAAAGAGAAGAAGCAUAAAGGAUAGAAAAAUAAAAGGAAGAAGAAAGAUAAAUAUAAGAGAGAGAGGAAGCAUAAAGAAUAGAAAAAUAAAAGGAAGAAGAAAAAUUAGAUUUAGAAAGAUAGGAAUAAUAGAGAAUUGAAUAAUAGAAGGAAUUAGAAAGAAUAGAGUUAGAAAAAUAGGAAGCAUAAAGAAUAGAAUAAUAAAAGGAAGAAGAAAGAUUAGCUUAAUUAACUUAAUAGUAGAAAAUUGAGGAAGAGUAAAAGUAAGCUGAAUAAAAUAAAAUAGAAUAAGAAUAAUAGGCUGAGAGAUUAAGAUAAGAAGAAUUAAAGAUUAAAGAAUAGGAAGAAGAAGUUAAAAGAAUUUAAGAAGAGUAGUAAAAAUAGGAAGAAUUAAGAAUAUAAUAAGAAAUAGAAUAAAAAAAGAAGGAUGAAGAACUUUAGUAGUUAUUGGAAGAAUAAAAAUUAUAGGAACAAAAAGAAUAGGAAAUGCUUUAACGAUAAAAAUAAUCUAGAAAAACUGCUGAUUAAAAUUCAGAAAUUGAAAUAAUGUAAAAUGAAAUUGAAGAUUUGAAAUAGGAUAUUAAUGAAUUUGAUCAAAAGAAUAAUAAUAAAUUGAAUGAUAUAAUUUUAGUAGAUCAAGAUGAUGAUGAUGUUGGAUGGAAUAUAGAAAAUGAAGAAGAUGAUGAUUAAGUAUAUGAUUAAGGAGUUACAGCUUAAUAAAAGAAAUUAUAAAAAGAAAUUAUUUAAGAUGAUAAAAAUGAUGCUGAUGAUGAUUGGGAUGUUCCAACUUCAGGUUUUGUAAGCGUAUAACCAAAAUCUUAGUUAAGAAAGGAUUAAUAGAUUGAAGAACCCAUUAACCCUUUUAAAGGAUAUAAUUAAAGGUAAGCAGCUGAAUCAGAUCUAUUCAAAUAAUCUAGAGAUGAUUCAGAUGAUGAAGAUUGGGCUGCAAAUAAAAUAUCUCCUUCCGAAUUCAAUAUUCUAAAUUAAAGAUUCGAUCAUGAAAAACAUUCUAUUACAUAAGCUGAGAGAUCUAAAAAGUUUUCCUAAACAGGUUAAAAUUUUAAAUCUGUUGUUAAGAGACCAACUCUUCCUGAUCCUUAAACAAAUAGUGAUAAUGAAUCAAUAGACUAGUAAUCAGUUUUUGAUUAGUUUGCUAGAAAUUAAUUAAAUUAAGUACCUAAAAAACAAAAUUAAGGAUUAAAUAAAAUAUAUCUAUAAAGAUAACAGAUCAAAUAGAAAGGCACAAAUAAUAUUGGAAUUAAUGAUAUUAAAUUUUGA